GCGGCGCCCUCGGGACCCCGCCGGCGACCCGUAGCGCGGGCGCGCGCGUGUCGCAGCCCGCAGGAAGGAGGGUCCGGCCCGAGGCCCGGGGCGGCGUCCGCCAUGGAGAUCGCGUGUGCCCGGGGCCGGCGCCUGGGGCCCGGGGGGCGGCCCUGACCGCGCCACCCCACCUCCCCCCCCCCACCCCCGCCCGGCCCGGGUCGCGGACGCGCCCCCCGGCGGCCCUCCCCCCCCUCCUCCUCCUCUUCCCCCCCGCGGCUCCGCCCGCCAGGGCCGCGCCGCUGCCCCGUUGGAUGGGCCGUGAGGGCCCGGGUCUGAGGUGCUGGCGGACGCGGCCUCCGGGGGCGCAAGGCGGCAGCAGCGGUGGCGACCAAACGGGUGUUGGAGUUGGCGGCGGCCAUGGAGGGCCUGGCUGGCUACGUGUACAAGGCGGCCAGCGAGGGCAAGGUGCUGACCCUGGCCGCCCUGCUGCUCAACCGCUCCGAGAGCGACAUCCGCUACCUGCUGGGCUACGUCAGCCAGCAGGGCGGCCAGCGCUCCACGCCGCUCAUCAUCGCGGCCCGCAACGGCCACGCCAAGGUGGUGCGCCUGCUGCUGGAGCACUACCGCGUGCAGACGCAGCAGACCGGCACCGUCCGCUUCGACGGGUAUGUCAUUGAUGGUGCCACUGCACUCUGGUGUGCUGCAGGAGCAGGACAUUUUGAAGUCGUUAAACUUCUAGUCAGCCAUGGAGCCAAUGUGAACCACACCACAGUAACUAACUCGACCCCUCUGCGGGCAGCAUGCUUUGAUGGCAGACUGGACAUUGUGAAAUACCUGGUUGAAAAUAAUGCCAACAUCAGCAUUGCCAACAAGUAUGACAACACCUGCCUGAUGAUUGCAGCAUAUAAGGGACACACUGAUGUGGUUCGGUACCUGUUAGAACAACGUGCUGACCCGAACGCUAAAGCACACUGUGGGGCCACAGCUUUGCACUUUGCAGCUGAGGCCGGGCACCUUGACAUUGUGAAGGAGCUGAUAAAAUGGCGAGCUGCUAUAGUGGUGAAUGGCCAUGGCAUGACACCACUGAAGGUCGCGGCAGAAAGCUGUAAAGCUGACGUGGUGGAACUGCUGCUCUCUCAUGCCGAUUGUGAUCGAAGAAGUCGGAUUGAAGCGUUGGAACUGUUGGGUGCCUCCUUUGCAAAUGACCGUGAGAACUAUGACAUCAUGAAGACAUACCACUAUUUAUAUUUAGCUAUGUUGGAGAGGUUUCAAGAUGGUGAAAACAUUCUUGAAAAAGAGGUUCUCCCGCCAAUCCAUGCUUACGGGAAUAGAACUGAGUGUAGAAACCCUCAAGAACUGGAAUCCAUUCGGCAAGACAGAGAUGCUCUUCACAUGGAAGGCCUGAUUGUUCGGGAACGGAUUUUAGGUGCUGACAAUAUUGAUGUUUCUCACCCCAUCAUUUACAGGGGUGCUGUUUAUGCGGAUAAUAUGGAGUUCGAGCAGUGUAUCAAGUUGUGGCUUCAUGCCCUGCACCUCAGGCAGAAGGGUAACAGGAAUACCCACAAGGAUCUUCUUCGGUUUGCUCAAGUGUUCUCACAGAUGAUCCACUUGAAUGAGACGGUGAAGGCUCCGGACAUAGAGUGUGUUUUGAGAUGCAGUGUUUUGGAAAUAGAACAAAGUAUGAACAGAGUAAAAAAUAUCACAGAUGCUGAUGUCCACAGUGCUAUGGACAAUUAUGAAUGUAAUCUCUAUACUUUUCUGUAUUUAGUGUGCAUCUCCACCAAAACACAGUGCAGUGAAGAAGAUCAGUGCAAAAUCAACAAGCAGAUCUACAACCUGAUUCAUCUUGAUCCCAGAACUCGGGAAGGCUUCACCCUGCUGCACCUCGCAGUCAACUCUAAUACCCCAGUUGAUGAUUUCCACACCAAUGACGUCUGCAGCUUCCCGAACGCACUUGUGACAAAGCUCCUGCUGGACUGUGGCGCGGAGGUGAACGCCGUGGACAACGAGGGGAACAGCGCCCUCCACAUCAUCGUCCAGUACAACAGACCCAUCAGUGACUUCCUGACCCUGCACUCCAUCAUCAUCAGCCUGGUCGAAGCGGGCGCCCACACCGACAUGACGAAUAAGCAGAACAAGACUCCGCUAGACAAAAGUACCACUGGGGUAUCGGAAAUCCUACUUAAAACUCAAAUGAAGAUGAGUCUCAAGUGCCUGGCUGCCCGAGCAGUUCGAGCUAAUGACAUUAACUACCAAGACCAGAUCCCCAGAACUCUGGAAGAGUUUGUUGGAUUUCAUUAAGUGACUGGACAUGUAAAAUCGUUUAAUGUGGUGCUAAAAAGUAAAGGACUUUAAUCACAGACAAUAGAAUUAUGUGUUCAUAAAUUCUACUUUUCGUUCCAUUACCCCUUCUUCCAAUCCAUCCUUAGUUCUGUCUUUGGUCUUCUUGCCUCAGUAUGGUUGGUAAUAGAUUUCAGACACACUUUAAGCAGAGCCACAUUGUUUAGGUGUAACUAAUAAGGUAUCACUUAAUACUUGUCCUUUUUUUUUUUUUAAGGAACCAAUAUAAGAUUCUGUUUGUGUGACAAGGGACAUUUGUGAUUUAAAGUUGAUGUUCUCAACAGCCCUACAAAAGCAUUUCUGUUCAGUGUUUGUCAGCGCAUUUUCCACGCAGCAGUUUUGAGGACUUCAUGGAGAACAGGAACACUGAAAAUAAUAGGAGGUCCUGGAGUUCUGACAUUUCAAACUGCUGCAAAUGUUUUUCCCUCUUCCAUUAUGUAUAUGGAGUGAUUUCACACAUUUUAACAGGAAGACUUCAAAACAUACAGCUACAGGUUAAUGAGAAAAAACACAUGCUAACUUAAUAAUAGCAAAUUCAUAACAUUAAACUCAUUGAAAUUGUUCCAUUGUGCUGGGUAGUAUAUUCAAAGUCGUUAUAACCUUAAACCAACUUUUUUCAAAGAAUACUGAUGGACUCUGUCUUUAGGGUUGAAUUCUUUGAAGUCUCUGUUUUAAUGUAAUUGAUCUAAACUACAUUUGAUUCAGCUUACAGACAUGUAAAAAUAAUGAAUUCUGUGUUUUCUUAUGAAACAGGUUGUCACAAUAUAGUUAUACAUUCUAUUUUUGUCCCUCUCUCCUUUUGCUCUUAGGUUGUACCGUUUCAAAUUUGGAAAUUACUUUUUUCAGAGAGCAUUUAUGCUUCUCUAGACAGAUGAGAAAGAGCUAGGAUAUAUAUAUUUUUUCACCUAGUCCAUUAUAAGAAAUAGGAAAAUCCGUAGUGGGUAUAGGAAAUUAAAUGUUUUUGAUGAUGGAAAUAAUUCUCAAUGCCACUGGUAGGGUAUUAGAGCUGCAGAUUUUUCUAUCACAGAAUGUCACUUAUUCCAACAGGUUGUACAGAAGUCUUUAUUGUUUUUUUUUGUUGUUGUUUUAACAGCAGCAUUUUAAAUAUCAAACGAAAAGAGUAUUCUAUGAUUAUCUUUUAAGCCUCACAGAAAAAGGUAAAAGUAAAGGUAUGUACCUAUUUCUGUUGAUGUUGAAAAUGAUAAUGAAAGUAAAAUUAGCUGUAUCUUAAUUUUCUCUCUAGUGCCAAAUGAAUGCCUUCGCUACCUGUAGUGCAUGGUACUGUAUGUGAAGACACAGCUCUUUUUUUCUUCCCCUCUGAUGAAAAGCAUUGUAAUGGUGUAUAGCAUCAAAUGUAAACUUAAAAAAACUUACACGAUUUCAGUAACAUUUUAAGUAUGGGGAUUGCUUUGAAAAAUAGAAAGGUUGAAGUUGAAUCACUAUAAGAAACCAUGACUAAGCCAAAAUCAGCACCUUAGGGCCUUAAUAAGAUCCCCCACAAAAUGAAAUACUUUGAUGGGGGCAGGGAAGGGAGAUUUUAAAACUUAGUCCCUUGGGAAGGGUGCAAGAUACAGUUGCUUUAGCUCUUCGUAUGUCUUCUGGCUUCAGUUAGGAAUAUUUUGAUGGCAAAUACUGUCAUGGUAAUAGAUUUCCAUUUUCCUAACUUGAAGUUUUACAAGGAAGGUUUUAAGGAUGGCUUAAAGGAUGGUAUUAGAAUGAACCCUGAUUUGGAAAUUACUGACCCUGAUCCUGAAUCAAGGAUAUACUGUACCUUGCUCUUGGCAUUUCUCAGUGGCCUGAAAGAAAGAAUACAUUUCCUCAAGGUGAGUGAGUUAACACCUUUUCCAAGGUUCUGAUUGGACCUGGUGUUUUUUUCAGAGUAUAAAGGCCGGUGCAGUGAAGAGUGAGGAAAUAGAUGUAAUACUUGGUAUUCAGGUGGUCCAUUUUUAAUAUAUAUGAUUUUUAAACACCAGAACUUAGAGUACUAGGUAAUGUUGCAUGUUUUAAAAACACAUUUCAUACCCCUGUGCUAUCCAGGUCCAGCACCAUUUUAGACAUGACUUAUUUACAAAAUUGAGGAUAGUGAUUCUAUCUAUGUACAUAGUCACAUCGGAAUUUAAUGACAGUUUUUGAAAAGGGAGUACU